AUGGCUCUCGAGGGAGCAGAUUUGGAGACGAUUGAUGGCGCGUUUGCUUCCGUGCCCCGCGCGUAUACUGUUACACGCCCACCUUCACCCUCGCCCAGCUUCCGCACGGACACCUACUCUAUCAUUAGCUGGAGCACAGAUGCGUUCGCAUCUGCAUAUUCCGCGGAUGGCGAUGGUGAUACCACUCCGCGCUGCAUGUCGACUGGCCGGCGCACGCUUUCUGGAUACUACCCACAAACAAGUGGAUAUUCCUCGAUUGGAAACAGUCCAUCAAGCCCUACGUCUACGAAGGCAUCGCGAAGUUUGAAUCUUGGCAUGGGUAUCAUACCGCGGAUAUUGGACGCCCUCAGGGAGGGCUCGCCCGGCAGGAAAGGGAAGCGUCGGCCGAUAUCGGCGUGGCGCGACGUGCGCGUCGCGAUAGAUGAGGACGAUGGGUACAGGGAGUUCGUAGAUUACUUCAACAUGCCUCCCCUGGACGGUGAGGAGGGUGAGCUGAUCGAUGACGAAGCGUGCUUCAUUGAUGCCGCAAGGAUCACUGGAACCGAUAUCGUAGGACACCUCCCUACCGAACUCGCGCUCCACGUGCUCUCCUUCUUAGACCUGUCAGCCGUGCUCGCGUCUCUACAGGUGUCAAGGACAUGGAACCGCCUGUGCCGCGACAACGCAGUAUGGCGCGCGCUAUUCGAGCAGCGCCGGUUGGGCGGGUGGAACAUUGACCUACGCCGCGGGAUGAAGCCGCUUGACUCUGAUUCGCCGCGGUUAUUGUCCGUAUCGAGGACGUUGGUGCCGGCGCCGCUCGGUGUGAAUUGGUACGAGACAUACAGGACGCGCAUGGAGCUGGAUCGGAGAUGGGCGCCGGCGCCGCCGGCGAUUAUGAGCAUGCAUGUGGACGAACAACGUGAUCACUCGUGGGAGCCGACGGUGAACAGAUUGAGUGGGCAUGGUGACAGUGUAUAUUGUUUGGAAUUCGACUCGAAGCGGAUUAUAACAGGCUCGCGCGAUCGGACGAUCAAAGUGUGGGAGCUCAAGACGGGGGAUUGCCUCGCGACGUUCACGGGCCACCGAGGGAGCGUCUUGUGCCUCAAGUUCGACAAGGACUGGGACAGGUUUGACGAGGAGGAUGGCGAGGAUGACGAUGCGGCAUCACUGUUUGAGGACACGGAGGGACGAUGGUGGAAAAGAGGGUUCAUGGUGAGCGGGUCAAGCGACUGUUCGGUGUGUGUAUGGUCGCUGUGUGCGCGUGUGAGGAGUCUCGAGCAAGGACGCACGGCGAGGAGGGACAAGAAUCAGGAUGAAGUGACUGCAGACAUCGCUGCGGUGCUGAGGGGCCACAGUGGGGGCGUACUCGAUUUAAAGAUCGAUGCGAACUGGAUCGUGAGCUGUUCGAAAGACGCGCUUAUCCGUGUGUGGGACCGGAAGAGCCUUGAGCUGCACUGCACGUUUCGAGGGCAUGAGGGCCCGGUGAACGCCGUAGGACUGCAAGACAGCCGGGUUGUGAGCGCGAGCGGGGACGGGAAGAUGAUGUUGUGGGAUAUCGUGCGGGGAGAACGGCUGCGCGUGUUCGAGGGGCAUGAUCGCGGGCUGGCGUGUAUAGAGUUCAAGGAUGAUUUUAUCGUGUCUGGCUCGAACGACUGCAAGAUAAAAGUAUGGUCGGCAUCGUCGGGCGCGUGUCUGCGGACGCUAGCGGGUCAUGACCUUCUUGUGCGCGCUCUGGCAUUUGACCCGCGGAGUGGGCGGCUUGUGAGCGCGAGCUACGACAAGACGAUCAAGGUGUGGGACCUUCAUUCGGGAAAGAUGCUGAGGGAGUUCCGCGGCGCGCAUGUCAGCCAUAUAUUCGACGUGAAGUUUGACCACUGUCGGAUUUUGACGACGUCGCACGAUCAGAAGAUCGCUGUACUAGACUUCUCAAAGGGCCUUGAUGUGUCGUUGUUCGUUUGA